AUGACUCGCUAUGGAGACUGUCUCAGACCGUGUAUUUACAAUGCGAGAACAGUUUCUAUAGGCGCUGACCUCCAUGCUCUUCUCGGAACUGCAGAGCGCAUCAAGUUUCACGUGAUUGCUCUGCAGGAGACUAAGUGCAGAAGGAGCGACGUACGACAGAUGAAUGACGGUACACUCGUCAUUCGUGGAGAGAAGGUUCCGUUGCGAAAUGUAGGCGGUUUUGGUUUUGUUGUGCAUCCAUCUGUCGUCCAUCUUGUCGAUUCCCACGAGGUUCUGCCACCUCGUCUGGUCAUUCUUCGCGUCCGCCCUCUGCGCCAAAAACCCAUCAGUAUCAUCAACUGGUGCUCACCAACAUCAGCAGCUAAUGAAUCCGAAUUGGACGCGUUUUACGAGGAGCUCGAGGAAGUUAUCCGCAACGAGAAGUCCUUCUACAAAUUCGUUGUCGGAGACUUCAACGCAAAACUAGGAAAGGCUACAGAAGAGGAAUACAGGAUCGGAAGAUUUGGACUGGAUUUUGAGCGGAAUGAAAAUGGCAAUCGUCUCUCCGGGCUGUUGUCCGCCGCCCGCCUCUUUCAUGAAAGGAAAGAUCAUCGUUGGUGGACAUGGGAAUCGCCCAAUGGCGCGAAAAGCGGAAAUCGACCACAUACUCACCAAUCGGAGAUGGUGUCUACUCGACGUCUCGGUAUUACCAUCCUAUUGUAG